AUAUGUAGUUCAGAUUAUUUUUAGAAUUAAAAAAUAUGAAAAAACUAAGUUAAUUCAAACGAAAUUAUUUUAUUGCUUCAUAAUAAUUAUCUCCAUAAACAAAAGAUGUUUAAAGAAGUUUUUAAAGCGUAUAAGAUUAAGUCUUCAACACCAGAUUUUUCUGAAGUUUUAGAUUUCGAUGAAAUUUCUGCAGAUGAUGAUCGUGUUAGGAGCAAAAAGUUGUCAGAUUUAAGCGGAUGUAUGUUAGGAGUAAAACCAUUUCGUGAAUGGCAAUGCUACGAACUCGUAAAUCGAGUAGGACUUCUAUACAUUAAAAAUCCAUUUACAAAUCAAGGACAAAGGUAUUGGCUGGCAAGAUGUAUUCAAGACUAUUCAAAAAGUCCAAAUGUUGUUAAUUUAUCAAUCAAUAACUUUGACAAAAUGGAGAUUGAAGAUUGGUGGAAAUCUUUGCAAAAUUGUAAAGAUAUUGAUCGAAAGAAAAAAUUAAAGAGUGCGAUGAGGUGGUCUACUUUAGGAUAUCAUCAUGACUGGGACACAAAAGUUUAUUCUGAAAAAAAGAAAAAUAAAUUUCCAACUGAUUUAGCGGAUCUUUCAUCGUAUUUUGCGAAAGCAUUAGGAUUUGGUUCAUAUUCUGCUGAAGCUGCAAUUGUUAAUUAUUAUCCUAUUGGUACAACUUUAGCUGGUCAUACCGAUCAUUCUGAGGCAGACCUAGAAGCACCAUUAUUUUCUUUUAGCUUUGGCCAAAAGGCGAUAUUUUUAAUUGGUGGCCCUUCAAAAGAAGAAAAGCCAACAGCGUUAUUUUUGAAAAGUGGUGAUGUAGUAAUAAUGUCCAAAGAAAGCAGAUUAUGUUAUCAUGCAGUUCCUAGAGUUAUGAAAUGUAAUUAUGAGCCUUGGAAUAGUAUAAAUUCAAAAGAGUGUAUUAUAGAUGAUUUUAAUUUUAAUGGCUCUGAAUUAUCCAAUAGUAAAAGAAUCAAAUUAGAUAAUGAAAUAGAAAGUGGGUCGAUUAAUAUGAAUUUAUGGAAUCAGUGUUCUGACGAGGAGUUUUGGUCAUCUUUUAAUUUAUACUUAAAAGAUUCUAGAAUUAAUAUAAAUGUACGACAAGUUUUAAAAGAAGGACAAAGUUCAUUAUGAUAAUCGGAUUUUUUUAUUAAAUUAUGUUAAUUUUGAAAACAAAUUUGUUUUUUUUGUUUUUGGUUAAAUUUAGAUUUCGUCUACAUUCAGUUUAUAGUAAUUGUGGUUGGAUUUUUAAA